AUGGCUCAGUGCUUGUCUUCCCCAUAUGGAGGUUACUCAGAUGGUGAGGAGGAAAUGGCUGUGUUUGAGUCCACAGCAGCAGAGCAUGGAGGCAUGGCAAGGCCACGUCUAACUGAGAUCUCUGUCAUUUCUCCUGGGCUUGAAACCAGGCCAACCAUCACACAGACGAAAGUUGCUGUGAAACCUGGCAGCCCUGAUGAGAGGACCUCUGAAAAGGUGAAAGUUUUUCUGCGCAUUCGCCCACUCACUGACUCAGAAAAAGGAGAGGAGCAGGGAUGUGUGGCUAUCCAGGACGAAGAGACAUUGCUGCUCAAAGCACCAACUGACUCUCAGAACAUGAGGGCAGCAGAGAGAGGCAUCACCCCGAACGUUCACAAGUUCAGUUUCUCAAAGAUAUUUGGUCCAGAAACAACUCAGCAACAGUUCUAUGAGGGAACAAUGAAGAGGAUGGUGAAUGACGUUCUUAGGGGAGAAAACAGGCUCCUCUACACUUAUGGCGUCACUAACUCUGGAAAGACUUACACAGUUCAAGGAAACAGUCGAGAGGCUGGCCUGUUGCCGCGAGCUUUGGUGUCUCUGUUCAGGAAACUGCAGGGUCGUCUCUAUGGUGCUAUGGACCUGAAGCCGGUCAUGUAUCAGGAUGUGAGGCAGCUGGACACCGGUGAGAUCAAGGCAGAGGAAAUCCGGCGGAACUCCCUACUCAAAGAGGACGAAUUUCAAACCACUCGCCGAGAUGGUAACACUACCAUCUGGGACAGCGGCAUUGGAGGACUGUCUUCCAUCAGUCACACCGCCACUCAGCUGGAAGAAACGGACAGCGUGUGCCUGGAUCCCGACAGCCUUUCUCUCAGUGGAGGCGGCGAUUUGGAAGAAGGGGUGCAGUUUUCCAUCUGGGUCUCCUUCUAUGAGAUCUACAAUGAGUUUCUGUAUGACCUUCUGGAUGCUUCACCCUCCCAGCAACCCCGAAAAAGGGUAACUCUGCGACUCAGUGAUGACAAGCAGGGAAACCCCUACGUCAAAGAUCUGACUUGGAUCCAGAUUCGCAGUGCUGAGGAGGCGUGGAGGAUCCUGAAGGCUGGGCGUCGUAACCAGAGCUUCGCCAGCACUCAUCUAAACCAAAACUCCAGCAGGAGCCACAGCAUCUUCUCCAUCCGUGUUCUUCAUGUUCACCCUGAAGCCAGUUUAGGCCAGGCCAUGCACAUCAGCGAAUUGGCAGUAUGUGAUCUAGCUGGGUCUGAGCGCUGUAAAGAGCAGCGAAUCGGUGAGAGGAUGAAGGAGGCCAGCAACAUCAACACCUCCCUCAUGACUCUGGGGCGCUGCAUCGCCGCUUUGAGACACAACCAGAACAACAAGUCAAGACCACCUCAGGUGGUGCCCUUCAGGGACAGCAAACUGACCCGUGUCCUACAGGGCUUCUUCUGUGGCAGAGGGACCUCCUGCAUGGUGGUCAACAUCAAUCCAUGCGCCUCAAUCUACGACGAGACCCUUCAGGCCCUCAAAUUCUCUGCUAUAGCUACACAGCUUGUCCAUGGACCGUCCACAAAGACCAGAGUGGCCUACAUCCUGUCCCUGCUCCGAGAGCCUGUGGCAAACGGCAAUGAGAGCACCCUCAUAGAGGAGGAGGAGGAAGAUGAAAGUGAUGUCGAAGAUGGAGAUAUCACCCAAUUGGAUGUAGAUUCUCUACUGCGAGCCAUCGAGGUCCUGAGGAAAGGUGUUUGGCGUGAGCGGGAGGAAAAAAAAGCCCUGGAAGCUAAAGUGAGACUGGAGGUCCACUCAGAAAUGAUGGAAGUCAUCACAAAAAUGAAAGAGGACUUUGCGGAGACCUUAGAGGUUGAGAAGGGUCUGAUUGAGCAGAAUUAUGAGAACAAACUAAGUAUUCUGGAGAAACAUCUAAAGAAAUACUACAACCAGCAGCUGAAGGAACGUGAUCAGGAGAUUGAAGAACUGAGUGCUGCUCUUGAAGAAAAGAGAAAGAAGGAAGAUGUCCGGCCCAUAACGGCCCCAGGUGUAGACUCUGAGGAGCCGCGGCGUUCUCUCCGCCUUUCGGUUCAGGCAGAAGUGGGCAGACUGCGCAGUGAGCUGGACCAGUGUCGCGCUGAGCUUCUUACCAAGACCCAGGAGAUGGAAAUGCUGAGGAUGAAGCUGGAGGUACCGGGUUCAGCCGGCGUCCUCACCACCUCAGCUGAUCGCAAGCUGCAGGAGGGUCAGCGGAACCUGCGGCAGCUGCGCCAGGAUCUCCAGAAGCUGGGAGUGGACCUGCAGUCUAGUGAAAGAGCUUGUUGCCGCAAUACAGGAGCAGAGAGGCUGCGCCAGACACUUACAGCUGCGGAUGAGACACUAGCCAAACAGAACCAGAUCCUGAUGGAGCUUCAGAAUGACCUUACGCUGGUCAAAGCAGACUUACGACAGAAAGCAGAGAUGCUAGCAGGGCGCUCCCAGCCGCCGCAGAGUUUUGCUGUGCCCUCUACUUCAGGCUCCUGCAAAAAGAGGGGCUGCGCGGCCACGACGAGCGAAGCCGAAAACCAUCCGCCACAGAAACGUCACUUUUUCCAGUCCAUGUUCCCGACGCGUACCCCGACCCGUAAAUGCAACACUCGUAUGGCUGAUGAAGAAAGCUUGACUCCGUAUUCAAGAAUCUUGCGUUCUCGCCAGCCUUCCCCACCUCCCAGCCCCUUCCGCACCCCACGCAACAUCAGAGGAAAAUACUGAGCUUUCAAAAGCCUGCAAUUAAGCUUUCUGGUGUUACGUAAGGACUAAUUGCUGGGUAUCUUUAUAUUUUUGUUUUUCCUUUUAUCCACUUUGAAGUGCAGUGGUUUUACACUUGAUGCCAGUAAAAUAAUCAAUUCUUAAAAUUUUCUCUCAUGACUCAAGGACUGUAAGGUCAGAAGUGUGCACGUUUGUGUUUGCAUGAUGGCACCAGUGUAUCCAUUUAAGCUGCAUCUAAUUGCAAAGGAAAAACUCACAGCUACAAUUGAACCAUUUACUUCCGGCUUUUUUUCUGUGUUGUCUAAAUAUAUUUAGAAUAAUUUUAUAAAACUAUUCUGUCUUGUCUUUAUCAUUGUGUCUGCAUGCCAAAAGU